AUGGUUGACUUCACACAUAUCAUUGAAUUUCUUCUCAGAGAGCGACUUAUCCUCUAUGAGGUCAAAAGAGGAAAAGAACUUCCCGAAUUGCCCGGACGAACCGCUGACAGCGAUAUAGAUCCGCGCCGACUUCCACAUCCAGGCUUGCGACGGCAUAGAAUUUUCGAUAUAAUAUCUACAGCAGAAGAUCUAGCUAGGCUACCAAAAACGAGAUGGCAAGUAUUCACUGAUGGAAGCAGACUGGAUGGGAGAGUCGGAGCGGCAGCUUCAUUCUGGAAGGAAGAGACUGAGAAGCGUUACGCAACAAUAAAACUAUCCAACUUUUGUAGUGUCUUUCAAGCAGAAUUAGCAGCUAUAAAACAAGCCCUGCAAUUAAUAUUGCAUAAACACAAAAGUUAUGAAGAGGUCACCUUAUUGAGCGACUCUAGAUCUGCCCUACAAACCAUAUGUGACCCUACUUCCUUGCAUCCCCUUGCUGCAGAAGUGCGCGAACAUCUAGCUACAUUAGAAAGUAAGGGUAUCAAAAUUGAUUUCGCCUGGAUCAAAGCCCAUCAGGGCCUCUGUGGCAAUGAGCGAGCAGAUGAACUGGCUAAAAAAGCCGCAUUAACAUCAAAAAAAUCACCUGCGUAUGAUAAAUUCCCUAUUUCCUACGCAAAACGUUUAAUUAGAGAAGCCACUGUGAGGGAAUGGCAGAAGCGCUAUGCGGACUACAACCCCAACAGCCCUAUAAAAAUGUUUUUUAAUAGCGUACAGGCAGCGCAUCGAGUAUUUAAAAAUUAUGAGCACUGUAACAUAGGCACCCAGCUUUUUACUGGCCAUGGUGGCAUUAGAUCGUACUUACAUAAAUAUAGAUUAGCAGUCAACCCUUCAUGUUUAUGUGACAAUAUUACUCAUGAAACGAUAGAACACAUACUAAUUGAUUGUCCUAGAUAUGGAAGACAACGUCACGAUUAUGAAAAAAAGAUGGCUCAGCCUAUAACAAAAAAUAACAUAGCUACAAUAAUGGAAAAAGAAAAACUGAGGGCUAUAUUCCUAGACUAUGGAUUAAAAAUAAUGCGGAAGGCUGCUAAGGCUAAUGGAUCAACAGUUGCUUGA